UUUGUUUUGGGGAAGCGUGAAACACGAGCGGCGUAAAACACUCGUGCAGCGUUUAGCGUUAGCGUGUAAACUUUCCGUUAGAUUAGUUCUUGUAAUUUUUUUCAGAUUAGUUGUCGAGCAUACCACCCUAACGUAACAUGCAGGCGAUGUUUAGAGGACAUGCAGUCUAAAUCAGAGACAUGCUGCUAACAGUAUCCCGCUAACAUGGAGCUGCUCUUUCAGCUCAUUUUGGCUUUUCUGCUUUUUUCCGAGUGUUUUAUAGAGACGAAGAAAAUCCGCGGAGUUUCCAUGUCAUACAGAAGGCUGUACAGAGAGAGAAAGUCUUUUCUCUGUAUGGAUGGCUCCAGGUUGAUCCCCUUCAGCCAGGUGAAUGACGACUACUGUGACUGUGCUGAUGGCUCAGAUGAACCUGGUGGGUUAAUAUCUGUCUCAGGUACGGCAGCCUGCCACAAUGGACGUUUCUACUGUAUGAAUCUAGGCUUUCGUCCACAUUAUAUCCCGUCUUCCAGAGUCAAUGACGGCAUCUGUGACUGCUGCGAUGGAUCUGAUGAGUUUGCUAGCCGAAUGCAGUGUUCCAACAAAUGCAGGAUGUUGGGACAAAAAGAGAGACGGGAACUGGAAGAGAGAAUGAAAGCCGUGAACGAGGGAUUACUCCUGAAGAAGGAAUUAAUAGAGGAGGGUGCCCUCAUCUGGCAGGAGAAACAGACACAGCUUAGUCAGCUCCAGAAGAUGUCUGAGGACCUGAGGAUUAAGGUGGCGGACUACAGGAAGAGAAAGCUGAGGGCAGAGGCCGAAAAAGAGCGCUUGGAGAAAGCAGUUAAGCCUGACCAUAACAGUGUUGGAGAUCAGAGUCAGUGGCUUGGAGUUGUGCCCCGUGGUAGCAGGACAAGAGUGGACAAAGACAAGCCCAGUGUGAUCCAUGGUAAAGAGCAGGAGGAGAAGACGGAGAUUCAACAAGGACAGAACGACCCAGUCAGAACCCCUCCACAUGAAAACCCCGAUAAAUUACCUCCUGUUAUCAGAGCUGCGCAGGGUGCUGUAGACAGUGCUGUAGCUGAACUGCAGAAGGUUGAGGAGGCGUAUGACACUGUUCAAAUGGAGAUCAGGGAGCUGAAGGAGAAGCUGGAUAUUGAUUAUGGUCCUGAGCGGGAGUUUGUGUUUCUGCUGAGCCGUUGUGUGCAGAUGGCCGUUUCUGAGUACACAUAUACUCUCUGUCCCUUCAGUCAGGUGACUCAGAAGAACAAUCUGGGGUCAGAGGUUAUGUUGGGAGUGGACUUGAGGUCUGUGUGUGAACCUGUCUGCUUCCUCACACACUGCAGCACUGAGAUGUCCAACACUGCAGCAAUUUCCACUUCUGGUCAGCUCUGUCCAGAAAAGUGUCAGGGCCAAACACCCCUUUGAAUCUAGAACUGGCCAGAAAUUUUGGUGCAAACUCAAAUACAGCCCAAGAACUUCCUGUCUGACUCGGACCCAAUCCAAACCACAUAAUCAAGUUUUGAGACCGAAACUGACCUGAGCUCAGCUAAAUUCUGACCCGAAUCAGCUCAUUAUCAACCAUUCACCAUCAACCAUACUCUGGCAAACACUUACACUUACCGCGAAACACCUUCAUUCUCCACCAAACACCAACAUUCCUUACCAAACACCAACAUUAUCUGCCAACAUUCGCCACCAAACACCAUUUUCCACCAUACAUGAACAUUUUCCACACCAGCAUUCCCUGCCAAUCACCAGCAUUCCCCACCAAACACCAACAUUCUCUGCUUAUUAUCAUACAUCAUAUCAUAAUUUUCAGCCAGGCAUCAUCAUUCUCCACCAAGCAUCUUUAUUAUCCACACCACCAUAUUAUUCAACAAACAUCAUGAUUCUUCUAUUGAGCGGUGCCAUUAUAACGUUUACGCACACGAUCACACACAAGACAAGGUUUGUUGGUGUUUGUUUCUUAGUUUGUUUCUUUGUUUGUGUGUAGAGACACAAAUCCUGGUCCAUUCAGGGGCAUGUUUACCUGUGCGAUUUAGGACAGGGUCAGUGUCCAGCAGAGCUUUAUCCCAUUCAUGUUCCUGCCUCUGUAGUUACAACUGUUUGGCAUAAAAAAGGCCUUCUACCUAACGACUCGGAAACGGCACCUUUCAUGCCUUCAUAUCAAAGGCAAUCACGUCUAUAAUUGUUUUGAUAGGAUUUUAAAAAGCGUUCCCUCUUUAAUUCAUCCCUGUUCCUCUCUUGGUGUGCUGGGGGUGGGGGGUGGGGGGAUGGCUCGUAGGGACUAAGUGCAUAAUUGCAUGUUUAAGUGUUUCUGCUUAAUGGGCUCGUUUUCAGAUUGUCAAGGGUGUUCUGGCUUGAGUGCCAUCAGAGGAGGCCCUCUUACCUGCACGUACGUGCUCUUACACAAUGGAUUUUGUGCACGGUGUUGAGGUUCAGGGACUUUUCAGUACCAGCAAAACUACACAUUUAUGCUAAACGUUAUGGAAUAUGUGCUUAGCAGGUAGCGCACCCUGCAAUUUUCUUCCACGGGUACCAUUAUCAAGGGGUGUGACCCCAACGUGAGGUCGCGGCAAACUGUGUGAAUAGGGGUGAUGUGGCACUGUGAACCCUGCAGGCUUCGUGUGGAGUUGCUAUGGCGACCACUGAGUCUGUCUGGUACUCCUCCUUUCCCGAUAAUAAUUAGCAUUAAGUAAAGUGCUUCACGGACUUCAUGGAUAUCUAGCAUGGGCCAGUUAGCAGCUGGUCAUGGUCAUAUGUAUAUAUUAAAAAAGCUUAGGCUACAUAUAGGCUAUAAUAUAGGUUACAAUAGCUACAGAUAACUGUUAAACCUUUGAAUAUGUCCCCAGGAGGUAGGUCUUUUAAACCUACCUAUUUGCUUGAUCUAGACACCUGGCCUCUUUUCUUCGCUGCAAGUUCAUUAAUGCUUGGAACCGUUUUCUGAGUCGCUGAGCUAAGUGUUUAUAUUAGUUGGACUACAGAUGAAAUACAGCUAAUGUGUUUGGUGAUAUAACUGGUGUGUGUAUAUAUUUAAACAAAAAGCUACAUUACACUACAUUGCGCACAAUCCCCAGUGCAUGCUGGAGAUUGUAGUGCAGCACAUUGUGAAAUAGGCUAAUAGGAAAAUUAAAAUAAUUUCAUGGGCUAGAUAGGAUUGUGCCACGAGCCUUGUGUUUGACAAAGAGGUUCUGCCAUUUUCUAAAUCCUAACAUCUCACUCAGUUGUCAAGACCAAAGACUUGACAACUAAACGCAAUGUGAAUAAAUGACACGAAAAUGCUAAAUAUAUGGACACAAUUUUUUUUGCAUCAAAACAUUGUUUACACUGGGAAAAAAAAUGAACAGACAGGUUGUCUUCAAGUGCAGAAAGAUAUCCUUUGCUCCUCACAAAAUGGGUGAACAGUGAUAUUGGGUAGGCUACUUUCAAUUGUUACUCACUCAGAAGCUGAAACUUUAUGAGCGCUUUCACUCACAUCUCUCAUUUUCAUAACUCAGUUUGAGCUGAUUGUGAAAACACAGCACCACACGUGAUGAAGCAGAAAACAAUUUCAUUUUUCUGAUGUUUGUCAAAAAGUUCUUGUUGCUGGGACACAGCCAAUGGGGGCAGUCGUGGGCUGGACGUUAGGGAACCAGCCUUGUGACCGGAAGGU